CGAGCUGCGGGAUUGGGGAGCGACGCGCCGGGCCGGGCCCUAGGGCCUUCGGCGGCGGCGGCGGCGGCGGCGGCGGCGGCGGCGGCGGCGGUAUAAAGCCGGCGACUGGGAGCAUGUAAUGUCGGAAUGCGGAGGCCGCGGCGGCGGCGGCGGCAGCAGCAGCAGCGACGACGCCGAGGACGAGGGUGGCGGCGGCGGCGGCCCCGCUGGCUCCCACAGCCCGGCCCCGGCCGGAGCGUCCCCGGCGGGCCGGCUCCGCCGCGGACUGCGCGGCGCCUCCCUCAUGGCGCGCCGGCGGCCCGAGCUUCUCUGCGGGGCUGUGGCGCUCGGCUGCGCGCUGCUCCUCGCCCUCAAGUUUACGUGCAGUCGAGCAAAAGAUGUGAUAAUACCAGCAAAGCCACCUGUCAGCUUUUUCUCCUCGAGGUCUCCAGUUCUUGACCUCUUUCAGGGGCAGCUGGACUAUGCUGAGCAUGUUCGACGGGAUUCGGAGGUGGUGCUGCUGUUCUUCUAUGCUCCGUGGUGUGGACAGUCCAUCGCUGCCAGGGCAGAAAUUGAGCAGGCGGCAGGUCAGCUUUCAGACCAGGUGUUGUUUGUGGCAAUUAACUGUUGGUGGAACCAGGGGAAAUGCAGAAAACAGAAGCACUUCUUUUAUUUUCCUGUAAUUUAUCUAUAUCAUCGGAGUUUUGGACCAAUCGAAUACAAAGGCCCCAUGAGUGCUGUUUACAUUGAGAAGUUUGUCCGCCGGGUGAUGAAACCACUUCUCUACAUCCCAUCUCAAUCAGAAUUAUUAGAUUUCCUCUCAAACUACGAGCCUGGAGUCCUCGGGUACUUUGAGUUCAGCGGCUCACCCCAGCCUCCUGGUUAUUUGACCUUCUUCACUUCAGCGUUACAUUCAUUAAAGAAAGGUAAAAAUGAUUCGUAUUAAAGACAUUGAUACACAUGCAGUGCAUGUGUACUGUUACCUUUUGCAUGUUAUCUCUAUGAUUAUAUUGAUUCUUUUUCCUCUAUUUCUAUAAGUAAUUCCAUUGUUUUGUGUUCCAUUGGCAAACAGUGAAUACUCUAUUGUUUCAAAUCUGGUCUCUUAAAUGUUUAGCUUUUUAAAAAUGUAGCUUGCCCAUAUGGUG